CUUAUGUUUCGGAUGAGCUGAAAGCCAUGGUGGACGAUGACUUGGAACCGGAGGAGACAGCAAUGGAUGGAGAACCUUCUGCAAAGUACGCCUGUCCAGAAAAGGACUUUGGCAAGAAUUGCCAGAGCUAUCAGAACUCUCCGGCGGCUGAAUUUUCCAGCCAUGAAAUGGACAGCGAGUCCCACAUCAGCGAGACGAGUGAUCGAAUGGCCGACUUUGAGAGUGGGUCUAUCAAAAACGAGGAGGAGAGCAAAGAGGUUUCCAUAGCGCUGGAAGAAUCGGUGGCGUCGGACAGCCUGGAGCAGAUGAAGGCUGUCUACAAUAACUUCCUCUCCAACUCCUAUUGGUCCAACCUGAAUUUGAACCUCCACCAGCCAGCCGUUGAGAAAACCAAUGGCAGCAGUAGCAGCAGCAGCAGCAGCAGCAGCAGCUGUGGCAGCGGGAGCUUCGAUUGGCACCAGACCGCCAUGGCCAAAACGUUGCAACAAGUAUCUCAGAACAGGAUCCUCCCCGAGCCCAGCCUUUUUAGCACAGUUCAGUUGUACAGGCAGAGCAGUAAACUUUACGGCUCCAUCUUUACCGGAGCCAGCAAAUUCCGCUGUAAAGACUGCAGCGCAGCCUACGAUACUUUGGUGGAAUUAACGGUGCACAUGAACGAAACGGGGCAUUAUCGAGACGACAACCACGAAACGGAUAACAACAACCCCAAACGAUGGUCGAAGCCCCGUAAACGCUCCUUGCUUGAAAUGGAAGGGAAAGAAGAUGCCCAGAAAGUAUUGAAGUGCAUGUACUGUGGCCAUUCCUUUGAAUCGCUUCAAGACUUGAGCGUGCAUAUGAUCAAAACAAAACAUUACCAAAAAGUGCCUCUGAAGGAACCCGUAACCCCCGUAGCAGCAAAAAUCAUACCGGCCACUCGAAAAAAAACCUCGCUGGAAUUAGAACUGCCAAGUUCCCCAGAUUCUACUGGUGGGACCCCCAAAGGAACUCUUCCUGAUGUCAAUGACCCUCUUCAAAAGAAUUCCAACCCUUACAUCACACCAAAUAACCGCUAUGGACACCAGAAUGGUGCCAGCUACGCCUGGCACUUUGAGGCGAGGAAAUCUCAGAUCCUCAAGUGCAUGGAGUGCGGCAGUUCCCACGACACCUUGCAGGAACUCACGGCCCACAUGAUGGUGACAGGACACUUCAUUAAAGUCACCAACUCUGCCAUGAAGAAAGGGAAGGCCAUUAUAGAGUCCCCUGUCACGCCGACCAUCACAACUUUGCUUGACGAGAAAGUACAGUCUGUGCCUCUCGCGGCCACCACCUUCACCUCUCCUUCCAACCUGCCGUCCAGCAUCUCCCCAAAAUUAAACAUGGAAGUCAAGAAAGAAGUUGAGAAGGACAGAACAAUUGCUGAAGAAAAGGUGAAAGACAAAGACAAAUUAAGCGAAGAUGAGGAAAAAUAUGACAUCUCCUCCAAAUAUCAUUACCUGACAGAAAACGACUUGGAAGAAAGCCCGAAAGGGGGACUAGAUAUUUUAAAGUCAUUGGAAAACACGGUCACUUCAGCUAUUAACAAAGCCCAGAAUGGUACCCCAAGCUGGGGUGGAUACCCCAGUAUUCAUGCUGCUUAUCAGCUGCCCAACAUGAUGAAAUUAUCCCUAGGAUCAUCAGGAAAGAAUACGCCUUUGAAGACCAUGUUUGGAAAUGCUGAGUUAGUCUCUCCCACUAAAAGUCAGCCCCUGAUUUCACCUCCAAAUAGCCAGACUUCCCCCGUGUCCAAAACAAAUUUCCAUGCCAUGGAAGAGUUGGUGAAGAAAGUCACGGAAAAAGUAGCCAAAGUGGAAGAAAAACUGAAGGAACCCGAAGCGGGGAAGCUUUCGCCCCUGAAGAGAGCCACCCCUUCGCCGUGCAGCAGCGAAGUCAGCGAACCCCUCAAGAUGGACACUUCCAGUGACGUUGGGUUCAAAAGCCAUCAGAAUAGUCCAGUUUCUCAGAGGGAGAGCUGCAGAGACAGCCCAACCGGAGAACCGAUGGAAAACGGCAAGGAGAUUGUCAAGAAAAUCGCGAACACCUUGACCAGCAGCGCAGCUAUUAUUACCGACCAUCCUCCCGAGCAACCCUUUGUGAACCCAUUAAGUGCGUUACAAUCUGUCAUGAACAUUCAUCUUGGGAAGGCAGCGAAACCUUCUCUUCCUGCCCUAGACCCCAUGAGCAUGCUCUUUAAAAUGAGCAACAGCUUAGCAGAAAAGGCUGCCGUCGCCACGCCACCGUUGCAUCCCAAAAAACCAGAUCACUUAGACCGUUAUUUUUACCAUGUCAAUAACGACCAGCCCAUCGAUUUGACGAAAGGCAAGAGUGACAAAAGCUGCUCUUUGGGUUCAGUGCUUUUGUCAUCCACAUCAGCGUCUUCAGCAUCUUCUUCAUCUACAGUGACAACCGCAAAGACAUCUGCGGUUGUGUCAUUUAUGUCAAACUCGCCGCUACGCGAGAAUGCCUUGUCAGAUAUCUCGGAUAUGCUCAAGAACCUGACAGAAAGUCACACAUCAAAAUCCUCCACACCUUCCAGCCUCUCCGAGAAGUCUGACAUUGAUGGCACUACAAUUGAGGAACCAGAAGAAACGACUCCGGCUCAGAAAAGGAAGGGACGCCAGUCAAACUGGAAUCCUCAACAUUUACUCAUCCUGCAAGCCCAGUUCGCUGCCAGUUUGCAGCAGACGUCGGAAGGGAAGUACAUUAUGUCGGACUUGAGCCCUCAAGAGAGAAUGCACAUUUCCAGGUUUACGGGACUCUCCAUGACCACCAUUAGCCACUGGUUGGCCAAUGUGAAAUACCAACUCCGAAGGACAGGGGGGACAAAAUUCCUUAAAAAUUUAGACACGGGGCACCCGGUGUUCUUUUGUAACGAUUGUGCUUCUCAAAUCAGAACUCCUUCGACGUACAUCAGUCACCUGGAGUCCCAUCUAGGUUUCAGAUUGCGAGACUUGUCCAAACUCUCCAGCGAGCAGAUUAACAAUCAGAUAGCACAAAUCAAGCCCUCCUCUGAGAAACUGUCGGCACCUUCGCCGGAGGAAGAGUUGGGGACUUCCUACCAAUGUAAACUCUGCAACAGGACUUUUGCAAGCAAGCAUGCUGUGAAACUUCAUCUCAGUAAAACACAUGGGAAAUCUCCCGAGGACCAUCUUCUUUAUGUCUGUGAAUUAGAAAAACAGUAGUGUCAACUCUUCUUCCUUUCUUUCUUUGUCACAGACAAGCUACCCGAACCACUGUACUUGGCUUUGAAGAAAACUGUCAGACAUGCUGUUGAGUUUCUCCUUUGCCCCUUACCCACCCCUGUUCUUGGCACAUAAUUGUUAUUUUAACUCUGGGGGUGUCACUCUAACUCUGGACGAGUCUCAUUUUUUAUAUAUAUAUAUAACUGUAUAGUGUUUAAUAGAGGUACAUAAUCAGCUGUUGUUACUGGUAAAAUAUGAAGGUUAAAAAC